GCGAUAAUCAUGAUUCGUGAGGGCGCUGCUGUAGGGUCACCGUUCGCCGAAGGAAGGUUAUUAGAAUCGGUCAGGUCGGCACGAUCUCGUUUUUUUAAAAAAAUGUCGCUUUUUCGGGCAUCUGUCGCAGCGUGUCGGUUUGUGGUCCCAAAAUCUAGAUUACUAGCAUCCCAGUCCGUGCAGGCAAGGACGUACGCCGACGGUGGAAUGCCCUUAACCUUUGCUUCGCCGGCCGAGACAUUCUUUGACAAGGUAGACGUGAAGCAAGUGGACGUGCCGUCGUACAGCGGCAACUUUGGUAUCCUGCCACACCACGUCCCAGCACUGGCGGUCAUCAAGCCUGGCGUCGUGACUGUCUUCACCAAUGAAGGCGAUGCCCAGAGGUUCUUCGUGAGUAGUGGAACAAUCACAAUCAACGAGGACUCAUCUGUUCAAGUCCUGGCUGAAGCCGCGGUUCCCGUGGAUCGGCUCGACGCUCAGGCAUGCAGAGAAGGCUUGGCCAAAGCACAACAGGCCGUCACUGCUGCUGCCACCGACGAGGCAAGGGCGGAAGCGCAGAUCGAAGUGGAAGUGCACGAGGCACUCGUCAAGGCCGUUGACUGAACCCCUCAAAAAAGCAAGACCAAUAGGCAACAAGUUGCAUAGCAUCACUGGAAUACACUGUAAAAUAAAGUUUGGAAGUCAA